AUGCAUCUGUUGAAGAAACAGUUCGAAUCGCAUGAUAUGGCAGAAGAUUCUUUAGAGGACGACAGCGAAAAUGAAGAUGAAGAAGACGCGGUGAAUAAAUGGCUGAGCAAAUCUCAAGUGCAUUUAAACACGGUUGAUUCUGCUGGUCGAUUUGAGAAUCCCGUUGCGACAAUAAGAGCGAAAAAACAAUGUGGUUCCGAAAUUUUCGGAAAUAUUCGCGUGAAUGGACCUGACCCGAAACUUGAUUCAACUGACGACGAGAUGGACCAAGAAGCGAAACGAAAUGCAAAAGGUUUAGGCUUCAAUCAAGAACAAAUAUCGUUCAUGGAAAACUUGCUGAGGAAGAACCGAAGAGGCAAGAAUUCAGAACUCGAAACCGCGCCGAGGAACGUCGAAGUGACCAAAGAUCAGCUUGUAGCUCGUCAAGCUGGGUCGAAACAACUGCCAACAUUCCGAGGUGAACCAGAACUAUGGCCUAUUUUCAUUAGCAGCUACGAAAAUACUACUCGAGCUUGCGGGUUUUCAAAUCUAGACAAUUUGAAGCGUCUCCAGGAUUCCCUGAAAGGUGACGCUCUUGAAGCUGUCAGAAGUAGACUGGUUCUCCCGGAAACUGUACCGGAUGUCAUCAACGAUUUGCGGAGCUUGUUUGGCAAACCGGAAAGACUUCUGCGAACUCUUAUGAACAAAGUUCGAAAAGCUCAACCACCGAGGCUCGACCGAAUGGAAACCUUCAUCCAUUUCGGAAUUACCGUGAAACAAGUGUGUGACCAUUUGGAAGCUGCUGGUCUAGGAGAUCAUUUACAAAAUCCGAUGUUGGUGAAGGAGUUGGCGGAAAAGUUACCCGAUAAUUACAAAAUUGAGUGGGUUCGAUACAAACGGACUAGCCAAGGAAGUCCUCUACGAGUAUUCUCCAACUUCAUGAGCUCCAUUGUAGAAGACGUGUCUGAAGCGGCUGAAUUGACCCCGAUGGACGGCGGUGAGCACUCCAGAGGAAGCAAAGGUAGGAGGAAAGAGUUUGCACACGUUCAUAACGCUGAUUUCCCUCUACCUCCGAAGGAAGAUCAGAAGAUUUCGAAAUCUUGUUUGGUUUGUAAACGUACAGAUCACAAACUCCGUUUUUGCGACGAUUUUAAAGGCCUGUCCGUGACGGAUCGAAUCAAAAUGGCAGAGAAACUCAAACUUUGCAAACUCUGUCUUAAUAGUCAUGGGAAAAGCAGAUGUAAUUUCAAAGUACGAUGCAACAUCGGUGGCUGCCAGGGUGGUCAUCAUCCUUUAUUGCAUCUGAACGAGCAAUUUGCCAACAAUCUGCAAAUCGAAUGUAACACACACAACGGACAAAAUCGUGCUGUGAUUUUCAGAAUGGUUCCAAUAACACUCUACGUCGAUGACUUGGCCUACGAUACUCUCGCCUUCCUGGAUGAGGGCUCAUCCGCAACCCUACUGAAAUCCUCUGUAGCUGAUGAGUUGCAAGCCUCUGGCGAAAUUGAACCACUUGUCGUCACUUGGACGGGGAACAUGAAGCGUUAUGAAGAUCGUUCGAGAAAAGUUAAUCUGUUCAUUUCGCCCAGAGACUCCGACCAGAAACUGCCAUUGAACAAUGUGCGAACUGUUACAGAACUCCAGCUGCCACAGCAAAAGGUUAAGUUCGGCGAAGUUUGUAAGCAGUACACUCAUCUCCAAGACCUGCCAGUCAUGGAUCACUCUCUCGAAGAACCCAGGAUCAUGAUUGGACUCGACAAUCUACACGUUUUCGCUCCGAUCGAAUCCCGAAUCGGCAAACCAGGUCAACCGGUUGGAGUUAAGUCUUUGCUUGGGUGGACGGUUUAUGGACCUUGCAGGAAAGGGCCGUGCCCCCAGGUUGCCCUCAACUUCCACGGAGUGGACGAGUUGAGUAAUCAACAACUUCACGAUAUGCUUCGAAACCAGUACUUGUUAGAAGAAGUCCGAAAUCCGUCGUGCGUUCCAGAAUCUGAUGAAGACCAGCGAGCCCUCGCUAUUUUGAAAAGUUCUACCGUGUUCACCGGGGAUCGCUACCAAACUGGGUUACUCUGGCGGAACGACUCCAGAGGAUUUCCCGAUAGCUACGGCAUGGCCUACAAGCGGGCGUUAGCUCUAGAACGAAAACUCUCCAAGGACCCAGAUCUUCAAGCAAAAGUUAACCUUGAAAUCCAACAGUAUCUCGAGAAAGGAUACGCACAUCCGGCGACAACAGAAGAGCUGAACAACACACAGACGUCUGGCAAGAUACGGCUAGUGUGGGACGCGGCGGCGUCGGUUGGCGGAAUUUCCCUGAAUUCGCAACUCCUCUGUGGACCAGAUUUGCUAGUGCCUCUCCAAGGUGUGAUAUGUCGAUUUCGUGAGAAACCCGUAGCUUUUGGCGGGGACAUCAUGGAGAUGUACCACCAGUUAAAAAUUCGGCCAGAAGAUAGACAGGCUCAGCGCUUCCUUUUUCGCCAGGACCUGUCCUAA